UGCCGUCUCAAGAUGAUUACAGCAGUUUGUUCGUGCCACAGGAAAACAGCACUCAUGCAAAAGGUUGUUAAUGUUCGAUGCUAACAGAAGAGAUUUCUAAUGUUGUCCCCUAACCCUAACGCUAACCGUAAUUUGUUUCCAUUGUUAUUAAUUUUUUUAUGAAGUUGAAUGGUAUCAGAGAAAUUUUUAUAAAACCCUAGAGCUUCAUCUUCAGUUGCCUUCAGUGCCAAUAUUAACAGCAAGACGAUGCCAAAUGAACUGGCGCAGAAGCCGCCGCUGCCGCCAACCAUAAUGGAUAAGUUUCAAGCUCUUUUGAAGCAACGAGAGGGGGAAGCUAGGGUUUCUUUGGCGGUUGGGGAUGGUGACGCUGUGGCUCUCGGGACAGACGAGAUUGUGGAACUUUACGAGAUGAUGUUAGCGGAACUUACUUUUAAUUCGAAGCCUAUCAUUACUGAUCUCACAAUAAUUGCUGGCGACCAGAGAGCCCAUGGGGAAGGCAUUGCUCAUGCAAUUUGCGACAGGAUUGUCGAGGUCCCAGUUGAGCAGAAACUGCCAUCUUUAUAUCUUCUUGAUAGUAUUGUGAAGAACAUUGGCAAAGACUAUGUUAAGUAUUUCUCUUCUCGUUUACCUGAGAUAUUUUGUGAAGCAUACAGGCAACUUCAUCCUAACCUUUAUCCUGCCAUGCGACACCUGUUUGGGACUUGGUCAACUGUGUUUCCACCUUCAGUCCUCCAGAAGAUUGAAACACAGCUGCAGUUUUCUCGGCAAGUUAACAAACAAUCAACGGGCUUUAACUCUUUGCAGCCUUCUGAUUCAUCUCGACCAACACAUGGCAUACAUGUUAAUCCUAAAUAUAUACGUCAAUUGGAGAAUUCAGCUCCAGAUAAUAAUGUUCAACAUCUGAGAGAAACUUCUUCGAGUCUGAAACUUUAUGGUCAGAGGUCUGCCAUUGGAUAUGAUGAAUUUGAUGCUGAUCUUGCAGAGGUUACAUCAUCGCAUGUUGCAGCCCAAAGAUUGAAUUCUACUGGCAGUGUUGGUUGUGCUGCAUCUUUUGCCCUUGGAGCUAACAAGCCACAUCCUUCUACUUCUAGACUGGCAAGAGCCUCAUCGCCUUCAAGAAUGGGAUCUGAUAGAAUUUUAUCAUCUAACGGUGAUGAAUUUACAGUAGAAAAUUCUCCUAGAAGGCUUCAGGUGGCCUCACCAUCACAUCCUGUGUUUGAUUAUGGAUUAGGGAGAGCAACCGGCAGAGAUGAGGAGUUAAGUGAAUGGUGGAGAAAGCAAUAUUCUGAUGUUACUAACAAAACAUUUGAAAUUUCUUCAUCUUAUAACCUUAGCAAUGGACUUGAGCACCAGGGGCCUAGAGCUUUGAUAAACGCAUAUGGAAGUGACAAAAGAAUUUCCAAUAAUAAGCCUCUGCAUGUUGAACGCCUAUAUGUUAAAGGAAUGGGCAAGAAGGCAGCGCCAAGGUCAUGGCAGAAUACUGAAGAGGAAGAGUUUGAUUGGGAAGAUAUGAGCCCUACGUUAGCAGAUAGUGGCAAGAAAAAUAAUUUCUUGCCAUCAUCUGUUCCACCUUUUAAAAACUUUGGUACAAGGCCUGACUUAAGAAAAUUAGGCACUGGCACAUUGGAAUCUGAUAUUAUGAGCAAUCACUCUAGUCAGGCACAGCAACCGUUGAUUAAUGAUUCUUCUAUAAAUGUUGACGAGGCAGUUUCCUUGCUCGGUUCUGGCCAUGGAUUGACAGUUAAGAUGUCUAGCUUCCAACCUGAGCCAAAUCAGAAUUUGGGUCCACAUUAUCCUCAUGAACCAUGGAAUAUGCCACAUCACUUCUCACGGUCAGCACACCCUCUGAAUUCCAGCAGCGGGAGGGGAAGUGAUUUCCGGUUUCCUUUUUCAUCAGGUUCUGUAUCUUCAUUGGGUGAUGACAAAAUGGCUCCACUUGUUGACAAACUGUCGAAUGUUGAAUCACAAGUCAUCAGGCCCCCAGCAGUUGCAUCUAAGAUAGGUUCUUUUGCUUUGGACUCAGUUAGUGCUGAGGCAUGGUCAGCCUCCAUACCAUCAUCAGCUGGGGUAUGGCCUCCAGCAAAUGUACAUAAAUCUCAUCCACCACCUGUGUAUCCACUGCAGAAACAGAUCAGGAGUCAAUAUGAUUUGAAAAAUUCUACCAGUAAUGUCAUGAAUCAAUGUCUAAAUAAGUUGAUGUAUAUGCCUCAGCAGCAUUUUAGUUCUGAGGGCAAGGAUCUAAGUUUGAUGAAGCCACCACAAUUGCAUGAUCAGCAUGCUAAUUUGAAUCAGCAAAACCACGCCCAACCACAGUCUUUUCCUUCUCAGGAGGCUCACAACAACUCUCUUCCCUCUGUCCCAGCUUCAGUCCAACCUCAUCUACUGGCAGCACCGGUGAACCAUGGGUACAAUGCUGUCAUGAGUAUGGCUCCGGCCAAUCCUGUUCCUGCAGUGCAAUUACCUUUAUCAAUCAAAGAUUUUCCGAACAGCUCCUUGCAUUUGCUGAGGGGAACCUUGCCACCUCUUCCUCCAGGUCCUCAUCCAUCUUCUCAAAUAAUACCCAUGCCUCAAAGCACAGGCCUUGUUACCCCUGGGCAACCACAAAGCACUGCAUUUUCUGGUUUGAUUAAUUCUCUCAUGGUUCAAGGAUUGAUCUCAUCGACAAAACAAACCCCUGUACAGGAUUCUGUGGGACUGGAGUUUAAUGUUGACCUUCUUAAGAUGCGCCAUGAGUCUGCAAUAAGUGCCCUAUAUGGCAAUCUUCCAAGACAGUGUACCACUUGUGGCCUACGGUUCAAGUGCCAAGAAGAGCAUAGUAGUCAUAUGGAUUGGCAUGUGACUAAGAACCGGAUGUCCAAGAAUCGAAAGCAGAAGCCUUCUCGCAAGUGGCUUGUGAGCGCUAGUAUGUGGCUUAGUAGUGCUGAGGCAUUGGGAACUGAUGCAGUUCCUGGAUUUGUACCCUCUGAGACUGUUGUGGAAAAGAAGGAUGAUGAAGAAAUGGCCGUCCCUGCUGAUGAAGACCAGAAUGUGUGUGCAUUAUGUGGAGAGAAAUUUGAUGAUUUUUAUAGUGAUGAAACAGAGGAAUGGAUGUACAAGGGGGCUGUCUACAUGAAUGCACCGGCUGGGUCUGCAGCUGGCAUGGAUAGGUCUCAGUUAGGUCCUAUAGUGCAUGCUAAAUGCAGGUCGGAAUCUACUGUGGUUCUCCCUGAAAGAUGUACACAUGAUGAAGGGGGAAAUACUGAAGAGGGUAGUCAGAGAAAAAGAAUGCGGAGUUAACUUCUAUUAGAUGGCUUCAAAAUCUUUUGUAACUUGUUGAGUUUGGUAGUGGUAACCUCAUUAUUUUGAAUUAGUUGGAGAUUGAAGUACCUUGGCUCUACGCCAGAAUCAUGUACAUGUAUAGUUGGAUUAGUAUCAUGCACAUUACCAUGCAGCAAAGCUUAUAAAUUCUCUUGCAUUCUUAGCUUUUCA